ACAGAAAAACGCUUCUCACGGUCGACUGAAAGGCCCCUUGUGUAACGGGGGCUUGGAGGACGGAAUUGUUGAUGGUUUUACAAAAUGUUCCACCACCGGCAUAUUCAGGGCAUCGCGUCCCUCGCUCGCAGCUUUAGCCGAAUCGCGCUGGUGGAACGUUCCGCGAGUCUGCCGAUAGCGGCCUUAUCGUCAUCGUUGCCGGUGUUUAGUGCACGUGAGACAAAUCGAUCGAGCGUGCAUCGAAGGAUCGUUGAACUGCAAGCUGCCACCCUCCGAUCACCCACCGGUGGUCUGGAGAUUGGAUAUAGACCGGAUCCGCUAUUGCCACUCAAAGAAAUCAUCGAUAUUCCGUUGGUGUCGCGCAUCAUCGAGAACCCGGUGUCACGACCGACGGCCGGCAGUGGCUCAGUGAUCGGUGACGACUUGCCAAUUAUUCCGACACUCGAUCUUCCGACAGGAAUCGAACCACAGGGCGAUAAUGGCAAGCAGGCGGCACGGUUGAUCGUGAUCCGGAGGCGCAAAAUGCGAAAGCACAAGCUAAAGAAGCUGCGCAAACGAAUGAAGUUCGAGUGGCUGAAGGUUCGUCAGAGGCGUGAGCUAAAGAAAGAGAAACUCUUUCAGGCGGAGCUGCUGGCACAGAUCAAGGAGGCGGAAAAGUUCUCCGCGGAGGCCUACGUUGCCGACAAGCUGCGCCGUUCCACCGAAGUUCCGAUACCGCGGUUCUGGAAGGGUAAACGGUUGCCCCAGUUUCUUAUUAAGCAAAAGCUAGGCAUUGAGUAGCGUUAACGAGGUAAAAUGGUCAGAAAUACAGUUGAAACGAGUUGCGAA